AUGGGAACCCGGCCGACUCGCUGCCCUCCUCCUCCCUCUCGGACGACGACAAGCGGCUGCGCCCACACGGCCGCCGAGUGCGCCGCCGCCUCCUGCGUGCUGUGCCUCUGCUGCCCGCUAUCGGUCCUCUGGUGCUGCGUCAAGCUCCCCCUCAAGCUCGCCUUCCAAGCCGCCCGCCGCCUCUCCCACUCCUCCGCCUGCUGCCGCGGCGGCGGCGGAGGAGGAGGACCCGGCCACCGCCUCGCCUCCUCCUCCUCCUCCUUCUCCGACAUCGAUUUCGACGCCGAUCAGCCGCUGCCUGAACGACGAUCCGGAUGCCCGAGGGUUAAUCUCUCCUCGCGGCGGAGGAGGAACUCCUCGUCGAAAUCCUAA